AUGGAUAAUUUAGCUGAAAAUAGUGCAAAAACGGGGGGUUCUGAUCUAGAAACUCUGGAUUAUCUCCGCGGUGUGAAAUCUUCUACGUGUUUACUUCUUCCCAUGACUCCGAGCCCUACCCAGUUGGAUUUUAAACAUCCACUCUCCGAAGAAAUGACUGAAGGUGCUUUUUUGGCUUUGAAUGAUGAUUCAAAAAUAGUUGAUCUUCAAUGCUCUCCUGAUCCUUGCAGUGGAGAUUCAAGUUCUUCAGCAGAUUCUAACUCGGUAGUCCAAGAUCCCGUCAGUGCUCAACUUAUCAAUAACAUCAGCAUGUUGGAUUAUCAGACUCUAAGUAAAAAUGGCGACAUUAUUGGACAGCCUGAAAUCUGUAAACUUAAUGGAAGCUUAAAUGUGAGCAAUAGGAAACUACCACAUUUUGUUAACUGGAAUUGGGGCAUUAUAAGGAAGGUUCUGUUAUGGAUUGUUGUCUCUGGACUUGUUGCAUGCACAGGUGCUAUUAUAGCUAUGGUUAUCAAUAUACCAAAAGAGUGUAACCCAGAUCUACCCUGGUAUCAAGGCAAGGUAUUUUAUGAAAUAUUCCCUGCCAGUUUCAAGGACUCAAAUAAUGAUGGCAUGGGUGACUUGAAGGGUCUUAUCAAGAAAUUGGAUUACAUAAAAGAUUUAGGAGGCUCAUCAAUUCGUUUGAAUUAUAUUUUUGAGGCUCAAAAUUAUCCUGAAAAUUAUUAUAACACUACAUCUCUCCUACAAAUUGACCGUAGUUUAGGAGUUUUGAAGGACUUUCAAGAUCUGGUCACUGAGGCCCAUAAAAGAAACAUGGGAGUUAUCUUGGAUAUACCAGUUUUGAGCAUGGUUGAAACUCUUAAUAAGUAUGAUGAAAAUGAUACCUUUGUAUUCUCAAUAGAUCCUCAAGAAAGUAGUUUUGACGCAACAUCUGCAGCGAUUGCAUAUUGGUCACGUGCACAAAAUGUCGAUGGUUUUUAUUUGAAGAAUCUAGAGAAAUUUGUUGACGAUGUUAACUUUGGAAAAUCGCUUCAGGUUUGGAAACAGAUAUUGGGUUAUGGGAAAAUAUUUAUAGCCAGUGAAGAGGCGUUAAAUAUGGCAAAAGACACAAGUCUAACUGUACUUUUGAGUAGGAUUGAUCUUAUUGAUGUUCAUUUGGAUUUACAAAAAGGUAUUAAUGGUCUUAAGAAACAUAUUGACAGCUUAGUACCUGGUAUCCUGUGGGACAAGCCUCAUUACCCAUGGAUUCAAUGGAACAUUGGAAAUGUUAAUAGUGAAAGGAUAUCUAGUAAACACCAAAAUAACACGUUAGUUUUAACCGCACUUGAGUUGGUGCUGCCGGGCACUGUCAGUAUCUUUUACGGUGAUGAAUUAAGCCUUGGCGGUCUUUCAGAAAAUGAAAUGGAAGGAGAUUUUCAUGAACAUGAGCACAUUCAUAACUUAAUACCUAUGUCUUUCAAUGGCAAAGACAACGUUGACAAUAGUCCUGCAUCUAUCUUGCCCUGGAAUUCUAAAUCUGUAUUGGAACCACAGUAUCAAAACUUGGAAGUUGUAAGAUCUUUGAUACGUCUAAGAUUAACCACACCAACCAUAUACUUAAAAUCGAUUUACAAAGAGGGUAGGAUACAAAGAAGUAUGGAAAUUCGUGAAACCGAAGGUAACCUUAUUGUCAUUGAGCGUUGGUUUCCACGCAGAAAUACAUGUGUAUUUGUAGGCAAUCUAGGGAACACGCCGAUUACUACUGAUUUAUCUUCUAUGUUCUACGGAGGAAUUGUAAUAGGAAGCACUAACAUGUCCUUAGUGGGUGAAGUUUUGUACUUGGAUAAAGUCACAUUUGAGCCCUUUUCAGCUAUCAUAUUAAAAUUGGAAAAAUAG